AUGGAGGUUCUAGGUUUGCCCAGGGAAAUCCUCGCACACAUCCUCUCAUAUCUCCCCCCUGCGGUCAUCGCCAGCUUUGGCCGAACUUGCAAGGCUGCGCAUGACUUUGUUCGUCCCCAAAACCAGCUUCUCUGGAGAUCGGCCUUUUUGCAUGUCUUUGACGAUCCCAAUGAUGCUUGGUCCAUGAUGCCCAAUCCAACGCCCUUGGCAGCAGAGCGCGAGUGGGAUUGGCAUCGCGAACUCUCUACUAGGUUGAUGGCUUUACGAAGUGUCCAGUCCAAAUGGUGUGGUCUUGACAGUCGUGCUGAAACCUAUCUUAAUGCGCUGCUCGACAUCCUCGACACGGCCAAAUUUGCACCCAAUCCUCGUGACAUUGCUAACGGCCAAAUUCCCAAGGAGGACGACCGGACAACCUCGUUGAACCUUCAAAUCCUCUCCGGUCUGACUCCCUACCGGGACGGCAUCGAGAGUCUCAUCCACGAUGUAGGGACGCGGAGGACGCCUCAAGGCGCCAGAUCCGAUGAGCGCCUGUUGGGCACGACACUGCGUUUCACCAGAAGCAUGACCGCAAGCGAGAAUGACAAGAAUCGACCGGAGUCCGCCUGCAGACUCCAUGUAGCUUAUGGUCUCACCACUCGCGAGCGCAUCGAGCACAGGGCUAGAGGUGCAGCGAGGCGGAAAGUGUACAAUUGGAGCUUGAGUGGGCCGGACAAUGAUUACGGUCCCUUUUACAGGGACGGCAGUGGGAAGGUCGACUGGGCUCUGCUCGAGGCUGUCUUCAGCGUCAUCAGCCGCAAUUUUUCCAUGUGCGUCGAAGGCCGCAUCGCGAUGCCCCAAGGUUUCUGCUUUUCCCUCCCUCACCGCACACUGCCCGAUCCCACGAUCCCCAAUGACUGGGCGCGCGUCACUGGGGCAUGGUUAGGGACGUACUCUUGGCUCGACUACUCUGAUCUUGUCACGUUCAACGCCUGGACUAGUGAUCAUCCCGGUCGACCAACCCUGGACGAUGAGCCUGAAGACUGUGGCGAUCUGAUGAAGCUCGAACUCAAGCUCGAUGACACAGUUGCCUCUGAUUCGCGUCUAAUGACGUCCCUUCCCGUGUGUACUGACCUACCCGUGUUAUACUUUUCUGGCCUUUCACGUGGCCAUGCUGGCAUGCACCGGCCGGUCAUUGGGGUAAGAGGUUGCGCAAGCCUUGUCCCAGGCGGACGAGAGGUAAGAUGGAGAUACAUCAUCAAUUACGGCGGCCAAGACCAGUGGCAGUUGGAAGGCGUCCAGCCAGGAGGCGUGAGAUCCGGAGGUGUGUUUGGGCUGUGGACACAAUGCGACCAUGAGGAGAACGGUCCAGUUGGGCCAUUUUGCUAUUUCCCGAUGGAGCUUUGCAAGCCGACCAGCGUCGUUUUGGCAACUUGA